UUGAAAAGUCAUUCAGUGUUAAAAUUGCCUUCAUUUUGCCAUUGUGCUUAUGACCUUCAACAAUUAAUAUGUUACUAAAAGCCAUGGAAAUAAAAAUCAAGAAAACAACUAAAUCAACUAGGCCUAAGUGAGUCCCCUUCAUUUUUUUAUUUUUUUUUCAACUUUGUGGUAAAGAGUUGAUAGAAUUGCUUUGCUAUUUAUAGAACAAUACUUUUGAAUGUAAGUAGAGUUGGUCAUGUAAAUCCAAACCAUUGAACAUAACGGGGUAAAAGUAAUAGAGUAACAGCACAAGAAAAAUAGCAAUGUUAGGACGAGUGGGAAAAGUUUUGGUUUUAUUAGAUAAAACUAAUUAGUAUUGUAGACUAAAGUAUGUUGUAACUCUGUUGAUUGUGUUGUAGAUGUGAUGACAUCUUUGAAAAUUUACUUGUUCUAAUAUGUAAUAUUUGAGGAUGUGUACGUGGAUGUGUGGGCAUACGAUGAGAAACAAUGUUAGGAACGAACGAAAAUAUAAGGAACAAGGUUGAAGUAGCCUUCUUGGUACACAAGAUGCGAGAAAUGACAUUGAGGUGGUUCGGACAUUUGAAGAGGAGGAGCGCAGAUGUCUCACCGAUGAGGUGCGAGAGUUUUGACGGUGAUAGAAUUAAGGAGAGGUAGAGGUAGAUUGAGGUAGAAUUGGAUAGAUUAGCAGGACGUAGCACAACUUUAGUUUAUUGAGAACAUAAAAAGUAGGUAGUCGAGGGUUUUCUCUAUCUGUUCCCUUAGUAUCGUUAUCCUAUGCUUCAAAAAUAACUUUCGACUCUUGCAUUUCUUUCAAACAUGUUCUAAAAAUUAUUUUCUUAAGCCGGGGAUCUUUCAGGUUAAAUCUCUCUAUCCUACAAACAUAAGAGGUAAGGUAAGGUAAGGUCUUGCGUACAACCCUAUUCUCUCCACACCCUACUUGUGGAAACCUUUUAGGUAUGUUGUUGUUUUAUGUAGUAUUUUAACUUUUUAAAGAAAAAUGAAAGUUGAUUUUCACUCCAUCAUUGAAAAGUUUCCUAGUAGGACUGUAGUCAUUGUUAUUGUUAUUGUCCCUUCAUUUCUUAGUAAGUUUUUCAUUGUGUUCCAUAAUUUGGAUUUACAUGACCACCACUAUAUACAUUUGAAGUAUAAACAAGAUAUUAACCGGCAAAAGUUUAUCCUUUUUUGGGUGGCAGACUUUCUAUAAAUAGCAAAUCAAAGGGUGGCAGACUUUCUAUAAAUAGCAAAUCGAUUGUGUAAAUUCUUCACCAAACAAAAAACAACAUCAAGUUAAUAACAUUCUCAAACAAUUUGAAUUUAACGAAGUGCAACAAUGAACAAGGGAAGUUACCUUAGCCUAGUUCAUUUUAUUGCUUUCUUGAUCCUAGCAAUGUCCAUGGCUUGUAGUGACAUAUUAAUGGUGGAAGCUCAAAAAUGCAAGCCAAGUGGAAAGAUCAAGGGUAAAAAGCCCCCAAAAGAUCAAUGCAGGCCUGGUGAUGAAUGUUGUGAAGAAGGGAAAUUUUACACCACGUACAAAUGUUCACCUCCGGUUACUGGUCACACGAAGGCAAUUCUUACCAUCAACGACUUUGACAAGGGGGGUGAUGGUGGCGGUCCAUCAGAAUGUAGUGGCAAAUAUUACCACAACUCUAUCCCCGUGGUGGCCUUGUCCACCGGAUGGUACAGUAAAGGGAGCCGUUGUUUUGAGAACAUUACCAUCCACGCGAAUGGAAGGAGUGUGAAAGCCAUGGUUGUCGAUGAAUGUGACUCGGGUAGAGGGUGUGAUGCUCCACAUGCAUACCUUCCUCCUUGCCAGAAUAAUAUUGUUGAUGCUUCUGCAGCAGUGUGGAAAGCUCUCCAUGUACCUAAGAAAGAUUGGGGUUGGCUUGAAAUCGUCUGGUCUGAUUAAUGAAUCUUGAUAUCAUCGGUAUUGUAAGUGGCCGAGUAACAUUGCUGCCUGUCUGCCACGCCACGACCCACUGAGAUUCAGCCCUUUGGCACUCCAAUUUGUAGAAGUAAAAAAUAAUCUUGAUAUCUCCUUUGUACAAUAAAAACCCUGCAUAUACCAGAGGAACUGAUAGCAAGACUGAGUCUCCUUUUACUAUGCUAUCACAACAAUAACAAAUGUUAUUCUUCUUAUUUUC